AUGUACAAGGUACUGGAGCGCAUUAUCCUAGACCGACUCAUUAAACAUCGCGAAGAAACAACGCGCGACGAGCAAGCUGGCUUUCGUCCUGGCCGAUCUACGAUUGACCAGGUGUUCAUCGUCAGGAAAGUGAUCGAAAUCUGGCAGCGGUAUUCGAAGCCAAUGCAACUAGCGUUUCUGGACUUUGAAGCCGCGUUCGACUCUCCUCACCGAGGCCGUGUUCUCAACGCUCUUCGCGCCGAUGGAGUACCAGAAAAGUUCGUUCGCUUGCUUGAUGACAUGAAUCAACUAACAACUGCUGCAGUUCGAGCACCAGCCGGAUGUACAACACUGUUUGAAGUGGUAACUGGAGUAAGACAAGGGGCGGUGGCAGGACCCUUCCUGUUCCAUUUCGCCAUCGACGACGUUAUGCGAAGAACAGUCAACCAGUGUCCUGCCGACAUUGUCUUAGCACCAUCAGGGUGCCCCUUGACUGACCUCGAGUAUGCCGACGAUGUUGUUAUAUUCGCGGAAAGCAGUACGAAACUUCAACAUGUUGUCAACUUUGUAUCGAAGUUGGCUGCAGCCUACGGACUACGCCUACGCCAUGAUAAAUGCAAGCAGAUGUGGAUCUCUUCGAGACCUCGAACGGGAAUCAGGGUGGACGGACAACCGAUAGAAUUCGUCGAUGAGUUCUGUUACCUAGGCUGUACGCUGAAGAACAACGGCAGCUACGAGAGAGAUGUUCAGCAAAGAUGCGCUAAGGCCACUUCUGCAUUUAACUCCUUAACGAAAUGCCUGUGGUCGACCCCCAUUACCAACGAAGUCAAGCUGCGAGUCUACCUAUCCGCAAUUCGCCCCAUCAUGAUGCACGGAUCGGAGACUUGGGCAGCACCAUCAACGGUUAUGGAGAAGCUUGACUGCACGGAACGAAAGCUGCUUAGACGGCUACUUGGCUACUUCUGGCCUAGGGUACGCCACAAUGAAGAUCUUUACGCAGAAAUUGACGUGGUUUACCGGCGGAUGAUACGUGGAAGAUAUCAACAUCUUGCACCGCCUUCGGAAGCGGCUAAAGUAAAUCGUCUUCGCUUCUUUGGUCAUAUAUUAAGGAGACCGGCACAUCGCCUUGUCCAACGAGUUCUGAAGAGUUCGUCGGGUUCGAGCUGGAAGAAGCCACCUGGCCGAAAACGGAAGUUCUGGGCUGAGUUGGUAAAAGAGGACCUGAGGACACUUGGUGUGGAUAGGCAGUUCGUAACAGGCGAAACGUAA